AUGGCAUUGGAAAAUAUUACCGAGGAAAUAGAGAGAAUUGAAGCGGAGCUUGAGGAGCUUAACAGGACGACGUUUGAACACUCGAUGAAACUUAGAGAGGAUAUAAAACAGCAGACCUCGACUCCAGCACAUCAAACUGUUCGGAAAAGCGACUCUGGAAUUAUGUCUGAAGGUCCAACAGAAAUCAGAUUCAAAAGAAGAGAAUAUAACCAAAUGUAUGACCCUGAAUAUCCAGAGGAUCUCGAUUUAACGGCAUCGCCGAGGUUUCGUGAGAAGAAUCGAAUAGAAGUAAGGGAAAAUGAACCGCGAAUUACUGUCAGGCGACAACGACCGCUUGAAGCGCCCACAGAAAGAGAUGAGGGAGGAUAUAAAAAUCCCGGUACUUCUUUUAAGAAGCCAUCCAACUAUAUAAAGCCAGCGACUUUUGAUGGCAGCGCUUCGUGGCUAGAUUACAAAUCGCAUUUUGAAGCGUGUGCAGCCUUGAAUGGGUGGACAGACAGGGAAAAAGGUCUCUACUUAGCAGUGUCCUUAAGAGGAAACGCCCAGGGAGUGUUAGGCAACCUUGCUGGCGAAUUAGGUAGAAACUACAAUGAACUUGUAAGGGCUUUAGAGGAUCGCUUUGCACCUGCAAAUCAAACAGAGCUAUAUAGAGUUCAAUUGAGAGAACGUAGACAGAAAGCAACAGAGACGCUCCCAGAAUUGGGCCAGACAAUAAGGAGAUUGGCACAUUUAGCUUAUCCAACGGCACCGAAUGACGUGAGGGAAACGCUCGCAAAGGAACAAUUCAUUGAUGCUUUGGUGGAUGCGGAUAUGCGCCUUAGAAUCAAACAGGCCAGACCACAGAGUCUAAACGAUGCAAUAAGGCUUGCAGUAGAGUUAGAGGCUUUCAUAAAGUCAGAUUUCGGGAGAAUAGAACAGAAGUCACACUUGCGUGUGGCUAAUGGUGACUCCUCCAGAAAUGAUGAUGCCGACAACACCGAUGAAUUGACGAAGUGUCUAAAAAGCUUACAGAGCUCUUUGAAUGAUCUAAAAUCAGAAAUACGAGAGAUGAGAAAGCCUGAUGAUUCAAGGCGAUCAGCCCAAAAUGGCAGUAAGCAAAGACACUUGCCGAAAACAAUAAAAUGUUACAAUUGCCAUGAAGAAGGACACAUAAGCAGACAAUGUCCAUCAAAGCAAAAGAAUAGAAAACGUCCAGUAGAAAGCAACUAUGGUCCUAAAGCGCCACGUCCUGCAUCAGUUAGUGCAGCAAAAACUAGACCAGAGGAAGAAGUUAAGCAACCUUCAGUGGCAUUUAAUAGACCGAGUGAGGCCGGAAUGUAUGCCGUUGUCUGCAUAGGCGGAACUGAGAUAAAAAUGUUGGUAGAUACAGGAGCAACUGUUACUUUGCUUUCGGAGAGAGCUUAUAACAAAGUUCAACAAUCAAAUGACACCUCUGCUAUAGACAAAGUAAAGCAAGAGAUUAUGACCGCUGAAGGCAGAUCUUUGAAGGUGUUAGGAAAGAUCGUGGCCAAUAUUCAAUUGGGUGAUAGGGAAUAUCUUUCACAAAUAGUAAUAUCAGACAUUACUGUGGAUGGAAUCAUUGGCUUAGAUUUCAUGACUGAACAUAAAUGUUCGUUAGAUAUACCUAACAAGGUAUUAAGCAUCGGCGGAAAGAAACACUCGUUGUUGCUCGAAGGUACGCUAGGAUGUUACAGAGUUGUUGCUUCAGAAUCGUUCGUUGUUCCAGCUAGAAGUGAAAUCAUCACAACUUGUGCCAGACGGGGUAAACUUUCGCAGUGGUUUGGGGAUCGUAGAGCCAAGGGACUGUUUGAUUACGACAAAUAG